UCUUGGCGUCUGGCGAUGGCUGGCAUUGAACGAAUUCAGAUGAAACAAACGAGUUCGACAUACAAUCGCAAGGGUUUUAACGAUGUGGGCUUUCAUGGCAGUAACGAAAUCCCAACACCAAACAUUGACGCGUUAGCAUACAACGGAGUUAUUCUCAAUACGCAUUACACGCAAGCUCUGUGCACCCCCUCGAGAGCAGCCUUCCUCACUGGCAAAUAUCCAAUCCACCUCGGAAUGCAACAUUUGGUUAUUUUGGAACCAGAACCAUGGGGUCUACCACUAAAUGAAACAUUACUUCCACAACGUCUUAAAAACAAUGGAUAUAAAACUCACGCCAUUGGGAAAUGGCAUCUUGGUUUUUAUAAAAAAGACUAUACACCAACAUAUAGAGGAUUUGACUCUCAUUUUGGUUAUUGGCAAGGAAUGCAAGACUAUUACGAUCAUACAGUACACGCUACAUACACUUCCGAGUUUGGUUAUGACAUGCGUCGCAACAUGUCAGUAGAUUGGGAGUCAAGAGGCAAAUACUCCACGACACUUUUCACGCAAGAAGCUGUCAAACUCAUACACGAACACGACGUGAAAAAUCCGAUGUUUAUGUACCUGGCUCACUUGGCUCCGCACAGCGGAAACGAUCAUGAGCCUCUGCAAGCCCCAGAUGAAGAAAUCGCAAAAUUUUCUCAUAUACAAGAUCCUGAACGGAGAAUUUACGCUGCGAUGAUUUCAAUGUUGGAUCAAAGCAUCGGUGAAGUCAUCGUCGCCCUGCGCGAGAAACACAUGCUGGAGAACUCAAUCAUUCUUUUUAUGUCUGACAACGGGGCAAAAUCAGAGGGAAUACAUGCAAAUCAUGGUUCUAAUUAUCCAUUACGUGGGCUAAAAAAUUCUCCUUGGGAAGGAGGAAUGCGAUGUGUCUCAGCAAUUUGGAGUCCUCUAAUCAAAAAACCACAGCGUGUAUCCUACGAAAUGAUGCACAUUACCGAUUGGUUGCCUACAUUCUAUUCAGCUGCAGGUCUCAACAAGUCGGAGCUGUCAUCGGAAGCAAUCGAUGGCAAAGACAUGUGGGACAUGAUCUCUGAAGGCGCGCAAAGUCCUCGCACGGAUUUCGUUUACAAUAUCGACGAUAUUUGGAACUACGCUGCAAUUCGCCAAGGUGAUUGGAAGUACAUCUACCGCACUUCUAAUAUGAUGACUGAUCAAUGGUACGGCUCCUCAGGAAACCACUCUUAUACAUACACAGAAAAUCAAAUCUUAUCCUCAUCAGCCGGGGUUGCUCUCAACGCGUUAAACACCUAUCGUCAAAUCGCGGAGGGUCCAAUGCACGCGCAAUUAUUAAGCGCGCCGACAAUUCAAAAAUUGCGUAAUGAUGCGACACUUAAAUGCAGGCCGGUGACAGCAAACGAUGAACAAACACCGAGUGAAAAAUGUGAUCCACUGAUAUCACCCUGUCUGUUUAAUAUAAAAACUGAUCCAUGUGAGCGCGUGAAUUUGGCCAAUGUGCGACCUUUAAUGCUGAUCAAUCUGGAGGCGGCGUUGAUGAACGUCCGGCGGACGGUGAGGGCGCCGAUUAAUGUUCCGAGAGACCCCAAAGCGGAUCCGAACAAUUGGAAUGGAACGUGGACGAAUUGGCAGGAUUACGAUCUUGAUGAACGUAUAGCUUUCGAGAAGCUGUUAACACCUAUUAAUAUUAUAUUGAUUGUCGCUGGUGUUACCAUGGUUCUGCUUGCAAUCGCCGUGGUUAUUGUGUUUUUAAAAAUUAAAAAUAUACGAAAAACGCAGAGGAAUCAUAAGAAAGAAUAUGAUAUAUCCGCGACAGAGGAAGACAGUGUUAAUUUAGCUGGAAAUAAAAUAGAUGUCAAUAGAGUUUGAAUCGAUAACUGAGUGAAAAUUAAUUCCUUAAAAUUUGAAACAUAAUUUUCAAGUGAAUUAUUGUAUAAUUGGUCAGAUAUUAAAAUAAAUAAUAUAAAAUAAAAACUUUUUAACUUAAAA